AUGAAAACUCUGAGGAUAAACAAUCAAUAUAUUUUAUCUAGAAAAAUUGCAUCUGGUGCAUUUGGAUUUGUAAUGCUUGGUUUUGAUCAAAAAACAGGAUAAUAAGUAGCAAUAAAAAUUGAGAAACCUGAAAAUGAACAUAUGAGAUCACUAGAAAAAGAAAUAGAAAUAAUAAAAAGAUUGGAAGGUGUUUAGGGAGUACCAAAAAUGCUUUAUUUUGGCAAAUAAGAUGAAUUUAAUGUUUUGGUUUUGCAGCUUCUUUCAAAAGAUUUAUCUUCCUUAAUAAAACAAUAAUAGAGAUUUAGCCUUAAAACAAUUUUAUAGAUUGGGAUAAAAUUAGUGGAAGUACUAGAUGAAAUCCAUUAAAAAGGGGUUUUACAUAGAGAUUUAAAACCAGAAAAUAUUAUGAUCGAUGAGAAUAACAGAUUCUACAUUAUCGAUUAUGGUAUUAGUAAGGUAUUUAUGAGAAAAAAUGGAGCACAUUUGUAAAUAUAUGAUAUAAAAAGACCUUUUAAAGAUCGAUAGCCAUUUAUUGGAACAUCUAGAUAUGCAUCUAUAGCAGCUCACAAAGGAAAUGAAUUAGGAAGAAAGGAUGAUUUAGAAUCUUUAAUUUACAUCUUGCUGUAUUUUUAUUUUGGGUAAAAAUGAAGAUUUUCAUUGUUUCAGUAAAUUACCAUGGCAAAACGUUAAGCAUAUACCAAAUGACUAAAAAAUAGUAUAGGUUGGUGAUAUUAAACAAAAGUAGACACAAGAAUUAUUUAAAAAUCUACCCGAUGAACUUAAAAAGAUUUAUGAGUAAUUUAUUUUUAAAUUUAUAGUUAUUUACGUAAACUUACAUAUGCUACAGAGCCAGAUUAUAAAUCAAUUGUUAAAUUAUUUUUAUAAGCUGCUAAAAAUUCUAAGAUAAAUAUUGAUUAUAUUUAUGAUUGGGAUGUAUAAAAUACUGCUUAAACAGAAAUUUUUUCUCGUUAUGGAACAAUUUAUUUUGAUGAUAACUUUCAGAUUGAUAAAUAUCCAUCUAAUUAAUAAAUGUAUAGAUUUCACCAAUUUGUAGCAAUAUUAAAUAGCAUCAUAUUAAUUCAAAUAAAAGAAAAACCUUUUGUCCUUCUUUAAUGAAAUAAAAUUUUGAUUAAAAUUAAAUACCAUCUGAUAAAAACUAAAGUGGUCAUAGUGGUAGUAGCAGUCCCUUUAAAAAUAUUGAUAAAUUAUGUUAAUUAUCAAGAGAUGAAAUUAGCGAAGAUACUGAAUACAUUAUUCCAGAAGAAUUCUAAUAAAAUUAGGGAUUGAGGGUGAGAACACUACCUGAUUAUUUAAAAAAACCUAAAAUUAAACAAAAAUUAACUCAAACUCUUGUUUUUGAUGAUGAUUUGGUGUUGGACUCUGAUACUCCUUUAUUGGAUAAUUAUAAAAAAUUAUAAUCUUUGAGUAAUUAAAUUACUACUGUUUUUCAUAAUAAAUAAAAGUGA